CGCCGCUCUGUCCCCGCAGGGGAGGUCGUGGUCAGCGUGGAGCCCGAGGUUCCCAUCAGGAAGAUGGAGACGGUGGUGAAGCUGGAAGCUAAUUCCGACGCAGUGGUGAAGGUGGAUGUGAGCGAGGAGGAGAAGGAGAAGAAGAAGAAGAAGAAGAAAGGAGGAGGAGGAGGAGGAGGAGGGGAGGAGGCAGAGGAGGAAGAGCCCGACGAGAGCAUGUUGGACUGGUGGUCCAAGUAUUUUGCUUCCAUCGAGACCAUGAAGGAGCAACUCCGGCAGCAGGAAGCGGCCGCGGCAGAAGCGGAGGAGAAGGAAGAGCUGGAGCUUGGAGAGGGCUCCAAGGCCCAGGCCAGGCACAAGGACAAGGCCAAGGCACCCAAGGAGGACAAGAAGAAGAAGCAGCAGCAGGCGGCCCCCGAGCUCCCAGAGAAGAACAAGCAGAAGGUUGACGAGCUGAAGGUCUUCAACAAAGAGCUGGAGUCGGAGUUCGACAACUUCGAGGACUGGCUGCACACCUUCAACCUGCUCCGGGGCAAGAUCGGGGACAACGACGACACGGCCACGGAGGAGGAGCGGAUUGUGGGCAGGUUCAAGGGCUCCCUGUGCGUCUACAAGGUGCCGCUGCCCGAGGACGUCAGCAGGGAGACUGGACACGACCCCACCCUCGGGAUGUUCCAGGGGAUCCCCAGCAACGACCCCAUCAACGUGCUGGUCCGGGUCUACAUCGUCAGG